AUGGCUUCCACAGCAUGUGAGGUUGGAUGGUUUGGCCAAGACUGUAAGCUCCAGUGCCACUGUACAAACAACACAUGUACAGACGACGGUACCUGCAUCAAUGGGUCAAGGUGUGACGGUGAAUGGUUUGGUCCUGCUUGUCAGUACCAAAACUUAGCGAAGAUUUAUACAGUUCAAUCAUCUCGUGAAGGCCAAUUAUGUAAUGCUUCAGGGGCUAAUCAAAGAAUUGAAUUCUCCUGGAACAUUUCCUAUCCUUUUACCUUCAUGUGGGUACAAUUCAAUCAGGACACAAAUGAUCUGAUGCUAAUCUUAAACAUCAACAUCACUGAAGGCAACUCUACGUGUGACAUGAUUAACCAAUCAGCUAUCAGUCAGGACACGGUUGAGUUCAGAUGUCGGACAACAGUAAAUAUGACACGUCUAGUUUUGUCAGGGGAAAAUGUAAAGAAUGUCUGCUCUAUUUACGUCAGUGGAGGUAACUUGAACGUUUUAGCAUGA